AUGCGUGCGUUCAUCAUCCUACUCUUGGCGGGUUUUACCUCGUUCAUAAGUGCCAAAAAAUAUGUACGAGUGUGCUACCAUACAAACUGGUCUCAGUAUCGCCCUGGUCUAGGCAAGUUCUGGCCUGAGAAUAUUGAUCCUUACCUGUGUACCCACCUGGUGUACUCUUUUGCCAAGAUUAACAGGAAUACCGACACAUUGGCCAUGUACGAGUGGAACGAUGACAAAUUAUACCCAAGGUUCAACGCACUCAAACAGAAAGAUCCCAAUUUGAAAACCCUCUUGGCCGUAGGAGGUUGGAACCACGAAAAUACAAACAGUCCAUUUUCCAAGAUGGCCCGCACUGCAGCUUCCAGAAGGGUAAUGUUUCCAAAUCGCCGUAUCCGACCUGAAAAUGUAUUCGUUGUAAAAUAUAAAUCUUUUGUGAAUGAGUACUUUACGUAAGCUUGUAGGGUUAAAAGCUUUUAGUCUUAAUAAACAACCUGUGUGAUUGAUCCAGUAACUCCUUACGUCAAUUUCUCUUUCCUUUUAUGUUUUAUCGGUGUUUUGAGAACAACUUUUAACCCUUUAAUGCCAAAAAAUGGGGGAGCAAUGUUCGCCACGUCGCCAGUUUGAUCUGUUCCUUUUUUAAAAGAAGAUGAUGCAUUUACCGUUUUCAAGCUUUGCGGAACUUAAGAAAGCCUUGCGCAAAACUCGGAAAGAACUCCGGGGUAAUCUCUUUCUUCACAAGCAUUGAUUAACAAGAGCAAAUUGUUGUUGUUUUUUAACAUUUAGGUUUUUAUUGAACAUGCAGUAUCGUUUCUGCGAAAGUGGGGAUUUGAUGGCCUCGAUCUGGAUUGGGAGUAUCCGGGUAGAAAAGACAGAGGAGGAUCCGUCCCAGAAGACAAACAGAGGUUCACAUAUCUUUGUGAAGAGCUGUUGGAUGAAUUCAAAGCUGAAGCGGCCCAAACCGGCGAGCCUCGCCUUUUGCUGACAGCUGCUGUAUCAGCUGGUAGGGACACCAUCGAGAAAGCAUACGAGAUCAAGAAACUGGGUAAGGUGCUGGACAUACUCAACCUGAUGACCUAUGACCUUCACGGCAGCUGGGACAAGGUGACGGGACACCACACAGCAAUGGUCGAUAUUACAGGAGAUGGGAAAGAUUACUACGUGCCAUACGCAGCCCAGUACUGGAUAAAGGGAGGAUUUCCACCUGAAAAAAUUGCCCUUGGAAUGGCGACGUACGGACGAGCGUUCGCCCUUAAAGAUGCGAAUAAUAACGGCCUCGGCGCUCCUAAGGCCGAAUGGACAAGUCCGCCUAAAGGUCAGUACACCCGUGAGCCUGGAUUCCUGGCCUACUACGAGAUCUGCAAAAUGGGUUUGACUCUUGUUACCGAAAAUGCAGUGAAAGCUCCAUAUGGGUACAAGAGCGGAGGGUGGGUAGGCUUUGAUGAUCAACAGAGUCUGAACUACAAGAUUGCAGAGGUGAUAAAAAAGAAGAAUCUCAUGGGAGCGAUGUUUUGGGCUCUUGAUUUAGACGAUUUUAGUGGCAAACAUUGUGGACAAGGCACAUAUCCCCUGAUAAACUCAGUGAAAAAGGCCCUGGAAAGCAACGUACUACCACCACGUCCAACUACUCCACCUUUUACCACUUCAGCACCAGGCCCUGAAACGACCACCGGACCCGUCCCUGUCACUACGACUGAACCUGGCCCUGUAACAACAGCGAGACCAUGUCCUGUAACAACCUCGGGGCCGCUAGCUUCAACCCAGCGUCCAGUUUCACCAGGUCCCGGAAAAAAUUGUGUGGCAAUCCCACCGCACGAUACCGGACCGAACAUGGAUGAAUGGUGCAAGUUAAACUGUGCCGUGGGAAAUUGUCCAGCGAGUCACUGCCAGUGCACCUAAAAAGAAGCGUUAAGACAUACAGGUGGCCUUAUUGAUUCUGGUGUAUUUAUUUUUUUUUUGUUAGGCCAUGAAGUGGAAAUAAAAUCAGCG